GGCAUUAGUAUCUCUGAGACGGAUUUAUUUUAAACUACGAAAGAUCUAAAGCGAUAUUUUUCUCCCUCCUUUACAGUUCAAGAAUUACUUUGAUGUUAAUAUUGUUGUCAUUUGCUGUUAUGGAUUAUGUUUAUUGUCUAGCGUUGCACUCGAAUUAGUCAAACUUAGCUUGCUAUUCAUAAUGUAUUUUGUCUGACUCAUGUAUUUAUCAUGUCUGAUAGACUUCAAUUCACUUUCCUAUGAAAUCAGCUGCUGUCUAUGGUGUGCGUAAUAAAAUCGUAAUGAUUUAUUUAACUUAUCGAGUGCUUUGUCCUUUAAUGCCUCUUGUGUAAGAGUCGCUGUCAGCACGAGGCAUGUUUAAAUCCCGUCUGGGUGAACGAAAUCCCUUCAAGCUCAACAUUUCCUUGCACAAUGAUGAGACAAAGACAUCACAACACUUAAUCCGCUCAAAGAAAGCAAAGGAUGGGAGAGAGCAGCAGAUGGCCAGAAAGACGUCAAUCCUCCUCAUUCGUCCCAGGACAACAGGGGACACUGACGUUAUCGUGGGGACCCUGGACGUCACCGAGACGGAAUGCGAAAGCUUAAAGUAGUUGCAUUAAGAUGAACGGGCAAAAUGGCAAUUGGAGAAAAGGAUGUGAUUCUUUAGGGAUUGUAUUAUAAAAGACAUCGGUCAACACUUGAUGGAGUCCAGCUGUUCAAUUACACUUCCGUAUUUACAGUCUUUAAUCAUUUACAGGGAUCUAACAAUUAUUGACAGACCGGGUUUUCAUGUUUGUGCUAACUUUUGUUAAGAUAAGACAUGCACACUUGAACUUUUUCAUUCAAAAGUUUCACUUGAUGCCACACUGCCCUCUCUAGCUGAUGGGACGGUAGUGUAAUGUCCUCUCGUCCUGUCAUGAAUGCUCAGAUGAGCAUGAAACCCCCUUUGAGUGCUUUUUAUGGCCUCUUAUCUGUUCUUGUUUAAACUGCCACCUCCACUCCCAUCGUCUCUUAAUACUGGGAAAUAACUGAAACACUUUCUAUUAAAUAAACAAUGAUUUAUCUGCGAUAUGCAAUUUUCAAUUCUAUAUGUUCUCCUCUUAGUACAAAAGUCGGGGGGGUCCCCUGUCCUCUGAGAUCAGUGGCAUAUCCGGCGUGGCCAUGUGAGAUUUACCAUCAGUUUUUCCUCCUUCAUUUCCUGAAAACAAGUUUGUUAUCAUUUUUCCUUUUCGUACUCGAGUGACUCAUGGAUUCUCUGUCGCUCUCUCCUGCGCACCGUAUAAAUACAAGUUUACAGAGACAUGUCUUCUGUGUAGACCAUCUUCAACAUCUGGAGGUCUUGGGGACAUCGCAAUUUGUUCGCCUCUUACUUUUUAUAUAUCAUUUACAUUUUAAGUCGGUUCUAAGGUUUAUUAUUACAGAUAUUUUCUUUUUGAGAAUAUUUCAACUUUUGAAUACCAUCCAUUUGUACUGAUGAGCACCUGUUCGACUCCGCCAGUCAUGCUUUUUGCCUGUUUUUUCAUUUUUUUUGCUCUGUGUCCUCCUCUUCAUUGGUGUAUGUAUGUUCCUGUAGAGAGCGUGCUUCUGCCGUUUAGCACACAAGUCAGGGAAUGCCUGCUCUACACAGAUAACAGAAAAUAUGGGCUGUUCCUCGAAAUGAAACCUGACGGCUCCGUUCUAGGGUCUCAAGUACAGAAGCCCGACUGUGUGCUGAACCUGCGCUCGGUGAAAGCCGGGGAGACGGUCAUCCAGAGCGCCGCUACAUCGCUCUUCCUCUGCGUGGAUGAUGAGGACAACUUGAAAGGACAGUCACAUUACACUGAAGGAGACUGCACCUUUCAGGAGUUGCUGCUGCCAGAUGGAUAUUCUUAUUUCCUUUCUCCACACACUAAGAAUCCCGUGUCGCUCCUCUCAAAGAAGUCCGGGCUGAAACACAGCGCCCCACUAUCUCGGUUCCUCCCUCUUGUGAAAACUCAGUUGGCAAUGGCAGAGAAAGGAGAGGACAGCCAGAUACAGGGGGGCAAACAAUACAUUAAGGACAUAAACCUGGACUCUGACGACCCGCUAGGAAUAGGACAUCACUCACAUAUUGAGACGGUCUUCAGUCCCAGUCUGCACACUAGGAAGUGAAGACUGGAGAACAUCGGUUAU